GAAUUUUAAAGGAGCCUUGAGAGGCGGAAAAAGGUUCGAGUCUGAUGUCCUAUGCUUUCUUCUACGUUAUCCGUUGCUGCCCUCUCUUCCUUCCGCCAUGGAACCGAAGCUUCCGCCAUCAAUCCCCUACCUUUCCAAAACCCGCGCCAUAGGGCGUUCUUCCCGUCCCUCCCGCUUCCCCGCCGGAUCUUCCUGCCGACGGCCUCCGCCUCCAUCUGGGACGCCUUGACGGGUGGCGGCGGCGCUGCGCGCGAUGCCUCCCUCGCCGUCCGCCGCGGCAUGCUGCUCUUCAGGCAGGGGGACGUCAGUGGAUCUUUGGCCGAGUUCGAUCGAGCCGUUGAGUUGGACCCGCGGCAGAAGGCAUAUCUUUGGCAGCGUGGAUUGUCUCUCUAUUACCUGAAUAGGUUUGAGGAAGGCGCAGAGCAAUUCAGGUUGGAUGUUGCGAAGAAUCCAAAUGACACUGAAGAAUCUAUAUGGUGCUUUCUUUGUGAAGCUCAGCUUUACGGGGUGGGGGAUGCUAGGAGUAGGUUCUUAGAGGUAGGUCGAGAUUCACGGCCUGUCAUGCGUGAAGCCUAUAGUAUGUUUAAAGAUGGUGGGGACCCUAAGAAGCUAGUUGAAAUCUUUGCCAACGGUCGAGCGGAUGAAUAUUUCUAUGCUUCUCUAUAUGCUGGUCUUUAUUAUGAAUCUCAGAAUGAUACGGAUGUGGCGAAGCUUCAAAUUGUUGCAGCAUGCCAGUGCCCAUAUGGAUCAAGAUCGGAUGACUAUAUGGCAGCCCUCGCUAAGGUUCACUGCCUUUGCCGAGACUGGAGCAUCAGCUGAUAGAUUCCUCUUCUAAUCUUCUUUGACAUCAUUAUGAGGUGGUAUUCAUCUAGUGAAACUAUAUUCGAUUCAUGUUUUGCUGUUGAAAUGCAUGCAGCAACACCAUCAAACCAUGUUGUUUUUAUAACUCAAUGGAGGAUGCUUGCAGAUUACAUUCAUCUCUGUAUAGAUACAGUAGUACGAUCAAAUGUUCAACUCCAUGUUUGAUUCUGCUCAGUGGAGGAUGCAUGCAGUAAUACACACACCCUGCGGCGGAACGCCCAACGGUGGCUGCCGGGAAGCGUAUUUUAGAUCGAUGUCGGGCUGAAUCUUUGCAGACGACUUCAAAUAUACGACACGACGCACCAUUGUAAGUGGCAGAAUAGUUUUUCUAUAACGGAAUUUAUUUUUGCAUAGGAAAUAUAUCAAAGUUAAGCAGGAAAUGCUAUGCAUGGAAGCUACAUUGAAAGUUGUACUUUCCCACAACACAGUCUUGGCUAUUCUUCUGGUGUAUAUACAAUGGUAAAAUUUAAAGGACAAAUACUUCCUUUUUUUCCCUAUAAA